CCUCUCCAUCUCAUCACCUCGACAAGCUGGACACAUCAUCUCACGCUCCGGGAAUGGGAACUUUACUAGGUUCAAAGAAAAACUUUGAGUUCUUUCGCAUUUACGCUCUACAGAAGCUACUUUUCAAAUUGCAGGGAUAGUUGUUACUGCAGGUACAGAGUGACAGCAACCAGGGUCUCCACUGGCCAAUGACUUCCAAGGCGCACCAGAAGGUGAAGUAAGGGAGUUUCAGACGCGAGGAAUCCGUUUAACAGCACGUAUAGGCGCUCUGAGAUUCUUAACAUAUUUGUGCGUAAAGUUGGAGCUGACGCACACGGUCCAAAGGUAGUUGCAGUGGGCAGCUAAUGCAAGUACGCAUAAAAGACAACAGGUUUGCUAACUUUUUAGCCCGUGCUAAGUGUCAAUACCUUAACAGCCAUGGCAAGAUGGUUCAGAGAUUUCCCUAUCAACCUAAAGAACGGAAAUGAACGGGUCCGCUCGGCCUCUGAAUCUGGUCCACAAACUCGCACCAAACCUUCGUUUUCUCGUGACAGCCUGAAAGGAAAUCCGCGCAAAGAUGGAGGAGUUGGGGGUUUACUUGCAUUGAGAAACAGGAAGAAUUCGGCUACAGAAUUGGGUCGUAACAACGUUGGUUCUGGUGGGACAGUCUGGGAUAGUCUCACACCUGGAAAAGGUCGCAAAAACUCCAAGGUCGAGACUGGGACGUCAGAUGAGAAUCGUCAGGUUAGGACCUCUAGUUUGGCGCAAGGGUACAUCAGCAGGAUGAUCAAGGUGGAUAAACAAGACAAGACCCCCAAACUCAACGGGAUAAGUGAACAGAAGCAGCCCGAGAACGAAAAACGAAGGUCUGACAUUAAAACAACGCUGAUUAUCCUGGAGGACUACGCAGAUCCUUUUGAUGCAGAGAAAACAACCAAGGAGCAGAGGGAGGCUGAGAGAGCAGGAGUGAAUGAUGGGUACAUGGAGCCUUAUGACGCUCAGGUCAUCAUCACAGAGGUUCGUAGACGUGGUUCCAAAGACCUCCUGAAAGUGUGCGUUCUGCUGGACCGAGGCAAGAGGGAGGGGAAGGGAGACGAGGGAAAACCCGCACCCCCGAACAUCUACGACACACCGUAUGAGGGCGGGCUGGAAGGCGACAGUGGGGGGGUGUGGAUCCCUGUCACGCGGCCAGAGUCUGACGUCCGUCCCGCCGGAGAGUAUGAACUGCCCUGGGAGUGGAGAAAGGAGGACAUUGUUCGAGCGCUGUCAGCUCAGUUUGAGGCCGUGGAUUGUUCUCCCACUAAAGAGAACGGUUCAACCUCCACCCGCCAGCAGCAGCAGCAGCAACACACCCUGAGGCAGAAGAACUGGAACCAGAAAAUACUUGUACCAUCUUCUCCAUCCUCCUCUUCUUCUCCCUCCUUUCCCUCCUCUCCUAUUCUCAAACUCUCCCCUCUCUCACCCCCAUCUCCCUCUUUCCCGACCCUAAAACUACCACCCCUCUCACCCCUCUCACCCUCUUCUAGUCCCAACAAACUUUCUCCUCCAUCUCCUACCUCCCCCAGUGCCCCAUUGGAUGGGGAGGCAGCCAAAGUGGACCCCGGCCUGCCCCUGGAGAAGCAGAGCUGGUACCAUGGCAGUGUGAGCCGGCAACAGGCGGAAGCUCAGCUGCAGCGCUGCAGGGAAGCCAGCUUCCUGGUGAGGGACAGCGAAUCAGGAACCAGCAAGUACUCCAUCGCUCUGAAGACCAGUCAGAGUUGUGUGCACAUCAUUGUAGCCCAGACGAAGAGCGUUAAGGGUUUGGGCUUCACACUGGAUCAGAGUAGCUGUGUCUUCUCCAGCAUCCCUGAGCUGGUCCACCACUACUGCACACACAGACUGCCCUUCACAGGAGCAGAGCAUAUGACCCUGCAGCAUCCUGUGCCCAGGCCGCACUGAACAUAUGCAAAGGACGAACAAACACGCUGGGACAUAUAUAUACAUGUGCAUACAUGUAUUACACAUGUAUGCACAAAUGCACACAGACGUACGCACGUUGAUUUGUCAAUACAUGUGUACACACAUACUCAAAGAUAUGCUGCUUAGGAUCGUCCUGCGUACUACCUUUUUAAUUUCAAAAUGUUUGUAUCUCUUACGUGCGCUACAAUGAUCAAAGCCAUACAUUACAAUAACUAUUGAUGAUAUUGUUAUAUUUGUUUCCAGUCUAAACACCCUCCUGAAUGUAUCAUAGUUACAGGAAAAGCAUCCCUUCUUCUCCCCAGCCUGGUGUCUUUGUUUGCCCCGUUGUCUUGUCCAUCUGCCCUGCAGGCAUGAUAUUGUUUUGGCCAUGCAGUAUCAUUGAUUUCUAUAAUUCCUGAAACAAAUCACAUGAAGCCCUGUGCUUACUGUAACCAAUCGGAUAUUUGAUUUAAGUGGAGAGGUUUGUAAUCUCCUCUUAGACAGAGUGUGGUGACAUCAUGAAUUAGCUCCAUACCAAUUAGGCUCGGUCUGUGAGGUCAAUACACCUGAUUAGAGUAUAUCCAUUCAUCCAUCUGACAUUUCAAUCAGCCUAUUGAUCAAUCCUGAAAAUCAGGCUAAUUCGCCACUCUCUGUCUGUCAAAAGAAAGAGCUUUAAUGAUUUAGCGAUUAGAACUUCUAAAGUGGGAGGAGUCUUAUACCUUACAGUGUUUGUAAGUGCAAAAUAAAUACGUGAAUGUCAAUUCAUGUGCCUUCACUGUAACCUAAAUGAAUCUGUCAUUAAAAAGCUAUCUUACUUUAUUGUCAGUGAACUGAAAGCCUAACCCUGAAAUGUAUCUGCUGUAUGCAUAAAUGAUGUGUGUAUAAAGU